AACACAGACAGACAGACAGACAGAAAGCUGCCGCCCAGGGAUGUCGCUGUUGUUGGUCCACACUGAGCCCAGACCUGCACCACAGGACAGGGCAGAGGCAGAGGCUGAUGAUGACCUGAGCAAAGUGAAAGCCUUAACAGCUAAAUUGAAACUGGAGACCAGGAGACCUUCCUAUGCAGAGUGGCAGGAGAAGCUGGCGAGGGAGCCCUGGAAAAUGGGGGCAGAAGGCGAGGAGGCAUUAGCAGUCCCCCCCUCCCCAGCAGAGCUCACUGCAACCACUGACACCAAACAAAGCAUCGCUCUGACAACAAUCUGUGGCUUUGCUGGGAUUGGCGACGCCUUGGACUGGCUCAGGGAGGAACUGAGGCAGAUGCAAUCCCUGGAUCACCAGCUUGCUCGGAGACUCAUCUGCCUGAGGAGAGAGAUCCACAGGCUGAAGGUUGAACAAGCCUGUCACCAGCACAAGGAGAUGUUGGACGACGUGACCUAUGAUCUGGAGGUGUGUGAGGAGGAGUCCGACCUCCUGUGUGACAUCCCGCUCAAGGCCGCCUUCCACCUUUCCACACCUCUCAAGCACAUCGGCGUGACUAAAAUGAACAUUAAUUCCAGGCGAUUCUCUCUCUCCUGAUCUGACCCCGAGACCUGUCCCUACCAAAUGAACCAGCGUACCAACAAAGUCAUUUGGGAUCAGCAGAUCACUACCAGAUACUGUGAUGGGGUUACAUUUCACAGUGAAUUGCGCUGUUGAUUCCAUUUCCCUCCAGGUUUUGAUCCCAAUUCACAUUAAGUCCUGUAGCAUAGUGGUGAGAGCACUCGCCUCACAAGCAAGA